GCUCGGCCGGAGCUCGGGGACCUGCGGCUGCAGCCGGACCUUGCCCCGGACCCUCGCCAUGAAGGGCCCCCUGCUCGGACCCAUGUUCUCCCGCCACGUCAAGCGGCACCCCGGACUCAUUCCCCUCAUUGGCUUCAUCAGUGUGGGCCUGGGCAGUGCUGUUCUGUACCUGCUGAGGCUGGCCCUGUACAGCCCUGAUGUCAGCUGGGACAGGAAGAAUAACCCUGAGCCUUGGAACAAGCUGAGCCCCACAGACCAGUACAAAUUCCUGGCAGUGUCCACUGACUACAAGAGCCUCAAGAAGGAGCGUCCCAGCUUCUGAGCUGCCCCCCAGCACGUGCUCCUCCCCAGCAACCUCCCCCAAAUCUCUGCUUCCCCAGCACCCCCAAACCAUGGGGCUGUGCCCCCUCCCCAAUAAACCACAUCAGGAGCAACGUGGCCACAGG